UUGUGUCUAAAGCUAAAAAAAUCCAGAAGAAUAGCAAACAUCUACAUCUUAUUUAUACGGACACCCACGGAGCCAUAGCCAAGCGACACGAACUAAAUUAGAUACCAAGUAGAGAAAUCAAUGGCCUCCUGCGACUCUUCCAAGCUUCCACAGAUAAAUUUCUCCCGCCUUUCCCUCGCAAGCUCCGGCAGCGAGGAAUGGACCACGGUGCGAUCACAGGUCAUGCGAUCACUCAAUGAACUCACCGGGUUCGAGAUUGUGUAUGAUAAGAUCACUCCAGAGAUAAGAGAGGCGGUAUUUGGCAAGGCGUUGAAGGAGUUAUUUGCUUUGCCCAAGGAGGUCAAGAUUCAGACUAGUUGCCUCGAAACGCCCCACAAUAACUACAUCGACAUUCCGAGCAUCGAUUACGAAGCCCUCGGCAUCCCCGACUGUACCGUUGACCGUAACUUUAAUAAGUUCGUCGGUCUUUUAUGGGGCGAGAAAGGCAAUCCAGCGUUCCGGGACGUGGUGCACACCUUCAUGAUGCUUCUACUGGAAGUGGACCAAAUGGUGAGAAAAAUGAUAUUUGAGGGGUUUGGAGUGGAGAAAUAUUUUGACAAACAUUUGGAAUCUUAUGAGCAUUACAUGCGAAUAGCCCACUAUGGGCCUCCGAAGACCCCCGGCCAGCCUGCUAACGCCAUGGCCGUCCAUACCGAUAUGACGUUCACUUCCAUCCUCUGCCAGCAUGAAGAGGAGGGACUUGAGAUUCUCUCUAAGGAUGGAUCCUGGAUCACACCGUCACGCAACUCUCUCACAUUCUUGGUCGGUGACGAGUUAUCUGUGUUGUGCAACGGACGGUUGGAGCCUACUAUUCAUCGGGUAACAAUGAGGGGUAACGGACACCGUUACGUUACAAACUAUUCAUCAGUUCCAAAGAACGAGACAGUCGUGCAACCUCCAGAAGAAUUGGUAGAUACCGAGCAUCCAUUACUGUUCAAGCCCUUCUACCAUUCUGACUACCUCCGUUUUCUUUUCUCACAAGAAGGAAUAAAACUCAUUCCGAAUGCUCUUAAGGUUUUCUCUGGCAUAAUUACGGCAGCCGAGGAAGGAAAAGCUGAAGCUAAUUGAGUUCCAUUUACGCAUAUGAAGUUAAUUAUUUUCAAAAUCGCUUGGUAGUUCCUCAUCAGUUGAAUUGCUAUGUGGAGUGUAGUUCCUGUUCCUCGAUCUUCUGUGUUUCGUUGUUUGCGUGUGCGAAUAAAUUAAUCUAAGCACUUUUUCUGUCGUAAUUUCCUUAUAUGCAUUACUUUCGAAUGUACUAGUUCCUUGUUUAUGUUCCCAUUGAGACUAUGCGAAUAAAUUUAUAUAUUUAGUGUA